AUGGCCAAAAUUGCGCCGACACACAUAUUUAUCAUCCUUCUAUCACUUGGGCUGCUCCCGGCCUCCAACUGCUACCACCUGGAUAUCACGCAGAAGGAAAGCUACGUGACCUCGGGUAAGAACGUGACCGUCAACAGGCUUAACCUGAGCGAGAACGUCUACAACCACAACUUUCCGGAGCCGCUGCUGCUCUCCGACAUAGUCCAGAAGGGGGAGUCGGUGCUCUUCGACAAGCUCUUCUUCCGGGACCAGCCCGUGAAGUACGCAACGGUGUUCUGGGAGAACGAGGACCCGGCGAUCGUGCACGUCUACACGGGCGCGUCCACAGUGGUCCUGCUCAACAACGGGAACGGCCGCUUCUUCGAGCAGUCGAUACUGUCGGACGCCUUCGCGACCAACGUCAACGAGGACCCGCACCCGACGACUGAGAAGCAGGUUGCGCUGGAGCUGAACAACGCGCGGAGCUACAGCGCAACCGGCGUGGGCGUUAGCGUGACCGAGGUCCCCAAGUUCGACAGCCGCCUCGCGCCGUACACGGUGCACUACCAGAACGUCGACGACUUCCGCGUCAGCGGCCUCAAGUUCAACGACAGGGCCCUCGACGUGCCGCUCUCGAACGCAGUGCACGGCGUGUACGUGUACUCGAAGGACGGCGUGCCGCUGCUCGUGGAGCUCGUGAACAGCACGUCGAGGCACGACUACUACGUCGCGAACUCCGGCGGCGCCUGGGAGAAGACGCUCUUCCCGAGCAUCUUCGACCCGCUCUACAACCACCACUUCGUGAAGAAGCUGAACUCGCUCACGACCGGCUGCACCAGCUCCUUCGUGCUCGACUUCACCAACCGCAGGGUCGGCCUGCACACAGUUCAGAUCAGCUGCGCUACGAGGGCCGGGACCACGAGCUUAUCCAAGACGCUGAAGAUCGAGAAGUCGACGAUAACUGCCGACAUCUGGCACCGCGAGGGCCUGUCAAAGCUGACCUACAGGCUCGAGCCUGCCGCUCCCUUUGAGCCCUCGGCCCUGAGUCUCGACGGCAGGACUCUCAACAUUCGUCUGCCGCCGGGCCCGUACAACUCCAUCACGGUCUACUUCCAGAAGUGUCCUCUGGUGAUUCACUUUUCGGGCCCUCACACCAACAGCUUCUACGAGUUUGUGAAGCACCAGCCUUACGCCCAGUUCACCGACAACACUGCCAACGAGAGGCAGCUUCUCAGCAAGGUGGCCAAGGUGCGCGACCGCUACCACGUUAUGAGCAUUCUCUUCCGCUGGUACUAG